AGUCCAUUUACUUUGAACGUGGAGUUUCGGCAGGCAGUGGACUAUCCCGUAGACUUGUAUUAUUUGAUGGAUUUAUCUAAGUCCAUGGAAGAUGACAAAGAUAAAUUGGCAGCUCUGGGAAAUUUGUUGGCAACCACCAUGGAAAACAUCACCAGCAACUUUCGUCUUGGUUUUGGUUCUUUUGUUGAUAAAGUGGUGAUGCCGUAUGUCAGCACUGUACCUGAGAAGUUAAAAGAGCCUUGCACUGGAUGUGCUCCUCCAUAUGGUUUUAAGAAUCACAUGCCACUCAGUCUUAAUACUCAAGAGUUUGAAAAGCAGGUGAAAGCUGCUAGAGUUUCAGGGAACUUAGAUGCCCCAGAAGGUGGUUUUGAUGCCAUGAUGCAAGCCAUAGUUUGUCACGAAGCUAUUGAGUGGAGAAAAAAAUCAAGAAAAAUGCUGGUAUUUUCAACAGACAGUGGAUUUCAUUAUGCUGGAGAUGGAAAGUUGGGAGGAAUUAUAAAACCUAAUGAUGGCCAGUGUCACCUCGAUGAGCAAGGAAAUUACAUCAUGAGCAUCUAUCAGGACUACCCAUCUCUUAGUCAGAUUAAUGUGGAAGUUAAAAAACAUAAAGUGAAUGUAAUUUUUGCUGUUACUGGUGAUCAGUUAUCAAUCUAUAAACGUCUCAGUGAACAUCUAGAGGGUUCUACUGCAGGAAAAUUGGAAAAAGAUUCGUCUAAUGUGGUAGAGCUAGUGAAAGAUCAGUAUAGUAAAAUUACAUCAAGUGUCAAGCUGCAAGAUAACGUAAACAAUGAUUUCAUUGAAAUCAAGUAUUUUUCCUCUUGUUUGGGAGACAAGAGAGAGAAUACCAAUGAGUGUAAAGGUUUAAAAGUUGGUGACAAUGUGACAUUUGAAGCAAGAAUUGAAAUCAAGAAAUGUCCUGAAAACCAGACUGCAUGGAACCAAACAGUUCAGAUUUAUCCUGUUGGUCUAAAUGAAGCUUUGAUUAUUGACUUGCAAAUUAUUUGUGAGUGUAUGUGUGAGAAACCAUGGAAUGAGGAGAAAAAUAGUGACAAGUGUACUCAUGGUAAUGGAACCUAUGCAUGUGGAACCUGUAGCUGCAACGAAGGACGAUCAGGAAACAAAUGUGAAUGUGAUUCCAAGGACAUUGAUCUUACGACAGAUGAAGCUCGGUGUAUCUUUGGCAACGACACCAAACCUUGUACUGGAAGAGGAAUUUGUCAUUGUGGAGUUUGUGAAUGUUUUCAAAGACAAAACCCAGAAGAAACAGUGACUGGAAGGUUUUGUGAAUGUGACAAUUUUUCCUGUGAUCGUUAUGAAGGUGAAAUCUGUAGUGGACCCAGCCACGGGAAGUGCGAGUGUGGAGAAUGUGAAUGUUUACCUGGUUGGAAAGGCAGUGCAUGCGAGUGUAAGGACAGUGUUGAAACUUGCAUUGCACCUGAUAGUGAUCAAAUUUGUAGUGGUCAUGGUGAUUGCAAGUGUGGUAUCUGUGAGUGCUUUGAGUCAGAAGAUCAACGAUACAGUGGACGCUACUGUGAGGAGUGUCCUACGUGUCCUGGCCUCUGUGAAGAUCUUAAAGAGUGUGUUCAGUGUUUAGUGUUUGAAUCUGGCCCACUGUCAGAUGAGGAAUGCAAAAAUUGUUCUUUUAUUCCAGAAGAAGUUAGUGAAGCUGAAGUGAAAGAACCAGAACAAAGAUUGUGUGUCUUCCGAGAUGAUGAUGACUGUAAGUUUAAGUUUGUUUACACAUUGGAUGAGAAUAACAAGCCUUUGGUCUGGGCUGAAAGAACUAAAGAUUGUCCAGAGCCAAUCAACAUUUUAGCAAUUGUGCUUGGAGUUAUUGGUGGUAUUGUUCUGGUAGGAUUAGCACUCUUGCUUAUCUGGAAAUUGCUCACUACCAUUCAUGAUCGAAGAGAAUUUGCUAAGUUUGAAAAGGAAAGACAGAUGGCGAAGUGGGACACUGGAGAAAACCCUAUCUACAAACAAGCUACAACAACCUUCAAGAACCCAACAUAUGGAGGAAGACCUUAAAAAUUCUCUUCCCAGCAAACUAAGAAGAUGAACCAGUGCUUUCUAAUGUAUACUUCCAUUUUUAGAUUUUUACAGCAAAACUGUCUUCCAUGUCCAUAAUAUGUGUAUGUUUCACAUACUUUUAAAGAUAUCCUUCUACAUACUUUGGUAUGAAUAUUUCAACAAGUAAUACAUACUAACAAGUUCUGUACACAUGUUUAAAGUUAUGAGGUGAAAAUAAGUAGUAAAAGUUCAGUUAGGCUGACAUUUUUGGUUUCGUUUGAUGAGAUGCAACAUAUCGUCAUUGCUGGCCCUCCAACUCGCAAAAAGAGAUCUAAGCAAUAUUGAACAUCAUGCUCUAGUUUUUCAGAACAUUUUAUAUACUUAAGAAUACUUGUGCUAUAAUGUCUAGAAUGUUGCAUAAAGUUUAGAGUUAAUGCAAAGAAUCUCAGCUGUGUGCGUUAUACAAGUUUUAUUUUACUUAAGUAAUGUUUCAUUACAUUUUUUUUUUGUUGAUGUGUUAAAUGUCAAGUGUCCAUGUUAAGUAUGUUGUCAACAUUUAAUUCAAAGUUUCUCCAGUUCUCUUCAUUUAUCACACUAUAUUUGUAAGGAAAAACUAGGUGUGUUGUGUAAAGUGUAAAGUGAAUUCUGUGCUUAUUAUACUGUACAUAUCACAGAAUACCGUAAAGUGCCUUAAAAACAUCCUCUUGAUUUUUAGUGAAGAUUUUUUUAUUUAUAAAUCUUAAAAUUUUCCGAUAAAACUGACAACAAGCUCAUUGUCUUAGAAAAUUAGCAAAUGUUAUGUCAGUCAUUUUAUAAUGUUGUGAGAAAGGUUUUUUACUGAGACCAAGAGUAAUGACCAUGGAAGUAUUAUUGUAUCUCGUUAUUAAUACAGAAGUUGCUCAAAAAACCAUUAGUUAAUAUAUUUGAAUCAACACAUGUCAUACAAAUUAUUUUUAUAUAUUCAAAGGGACCCUACAUUUUAGCUAAUAUUUGUUAAGGAACUUAAGUUUUCAGCAAGAAAUUUUGAAAACUGCUUUCACCAUUUACGUAUCUUGUUUGUAAAAACCUUUCUCUACUUGCACAUAAUAAUCAUUUGUUACUGAUAUAUCGUACAGCAUUCCUAAUUAAAUACAAGUGUCCAUUUUUAUGAUAGCCUCAAAUUGUCAUUUUUGCUGACAGAAAUUCAAGUCAAGCAACAAAUUUCAUGUUUUUUUGUUGUUAUUUUUUAAAGUUUUACCUACAGUUGAUUUGUAAAUUUUAGGGAUGCAUAUCUCAUUAUAGUAGUCAAUACGAUACGUAUCUAGAUAUUGAUGCCGUGAUAUGAUACGUAUCUAGAUACAGAAGUUUUACCAACGGUUUGUUACAAAGUUUGACGGU